UUUUUCUUCUUUUUCUUCUUUUUCUUUCUCACAUACACUCCUUUUAUUUUCAUUGAUAUAUACAUGUCUGAAGAACUCCAACUCCGUUUUGAAACUUUACAACUUCAUGCUGGUCAGAAGCCUGAUAAGAGUACUAAUGCCAGAGCCGUUCCCAUAUAUGCCACUUCCAGCUAUGUGUUCGACAGUACUGAUCAUGGUGCCGAUCUUUUUGCUCUUCGUACAAGUGGUAACAUCUAUUCCAGAAUCAUGAAUCCUACCAAUGAGGUAUUCGAACAGAGAGUGGCCGCUUUGGAAGGUGGUGCUGCUGCUACUGCUACUUCUUCAGGACAAGCUGCUCAAUUCUUGACUAUUGCUACCUUGGCCAAGAAAGGUGAUAAUAUUGUGGCUUCUUCUAGUCUUUAUGGUGGUACCUACACUCAAUUCAAGUUGACUUUCCCACGUUUAGGUAUCAACGUUCGAUUUGUCAACAGCGACGAUCCUCAAGAUUUCAAGGCCAAGAUUGAUGAAAAUACAAAGGCGGUUUAUGUUGAAAGUAUUGGCAAUCCAAGAUUCAAUGUCCCUGAUUUUAAAGCUUUGGCUGAUGUUGCUCAUGAAGCUGGUGUUCCUUUUGUGGUAGAUAAUACAUUUGGUGCUGCUUAUUUGGUUCAUCCUAUCGAACAUGGUGCAGACAUUGUUGUUCAUUCAGCUACCAAAUGGAUUGGCGGUCAUGGUACAACUAUUGGUGGAGUUGUGAUUGAUGCUGGUAAAUUCCCUUGGAACAAUGGACGAUUCCCUGACUUUACUGAGCCUUCUGAAGGAUAUCAUGGUUUGAAAUUCUGGGAAACAUUUGGCAACCUGGCAUUUACCUUCCGUUUGAAAACAGAAUCUCUUCGUGAUAUUGGAGCUUGUCAAAAUCCUUUUGGUUCAUUCUUAUUAUUACAAGGUUUGGAAACAUUAUCUCUACGGGUACAACGUCAUGUCGACAAUGCAUUGGAAUUAGCACAUUGGUUACAAACUCGAGAUGAAGUUGCCUGGGUAUCUUAUCCUGGUCUUGCCAAUCAUCCUUAUCAUGAAUUAGCAAAGAAGUAUCUGCGUCACGGCUUUGGGGGUGUUUUGACGUUUGCUAUCAAACAAGGCUCUCUCAAGACUUUUAUCGAAUCACUUCGUCUGGCGUCUCAUUUGGCAAAUGUUGGUGAUGCUAAGACCCUGGUCAUUGCCCCUGCUCUCACAACUCAUCAACAAUUGACCGAUGACGAACAAGUAGCUGCUGGUGUAACCAAAGAUCAAAUCCGUGUGUCUGUUGGUAUAGAACAUAUUGAUGAUAUCAAAAAUGAUUUUGAACAAGCGUUGAAGAAAGCUGUUAGCAAUUCCAAUUGAUUAGUAUUGUAGUAUUAGUUGUACUUCUAUUUAUACAAUAUAAUAAAGUGACAUUAUAUAAAUAUCGAUUUAGUACGAAU